AUGGAGGAGCACGACGAAGACAUGGAGGACCCGCUAGAGGAAGAAGGAGAAGGUAUGGAAAACCCAAUUGAGCCAGGAAAAGCAGAAGUGAUGGCAGAUCCAAUUGAAGCAGAAGAAGAAGACGACAUACCCAUAUUCUGGGCCGAUGAUGACCUUCUUGAGUUCGAGGACACCGAUUCUGAAGACGAGGAAGAGACAAAAAACCCUCCCAUCUUUCACGGGAAGCUUGGCGCAGACCCUAGUGAAGGAGAAUUUUGGAUCGAACAAACGGAGAAACUACUAGACCACCUGCACUGCAGAGAAGAAGAGAAGGUUAAUUGUGCCACCUUUAUGCUGCAAGACGAAGCAGACAGGUGGUGGAAGGGAGUUAAGAAGGCAAUGAACCCUCGGGUCAGGGCUCCCUACAUCACCUGGGAGCAAUUUAAAGAGCUCUUUAAUGAAAAAUACUUUUCCCUGAAUGUGAGAAUGAAAAAGGAAAGAGAAUUCAUAGAGUUAAAACAGACCGGAGACAUUACUGUUGCUCAAUAUGAAGAUGCUUUUAGCCGAUUGAUCCGUAUAAAUACUCAGUCCUAUUCAGAAGUGGUGCUGCAAGCUUUUACCACUGAGGCCAACCAGAGCCGAAUUGAGGCGAUUCAAGGAGAAAGUCGACAAGGAAGCAGUCAUAAAACAGACAAGAAAUUGGAACCCCAGAGGUCGAAAUUCAAACCUAGUACUCCGUGCCAAAGGUGCCAGAAGCAACACCAUGGGAAGCCGUGCCGAUUUGGAAUGAAAGGCUGCUACAACUGUGGAGAAGAGGGGCAUCUCAAUCAGAACUACCCGAAGAAGAGAAUCACCUGUUACAACUGCCAGCAGACUGGUCAUUUUGCAAAGGAUUGUCCUAAGCCGUGA